AUGUCUAAAUAAAAGCAAUCAAAUUCAUAGAUAUACAAUUUUGAGCCAAUCGGGUGUUAAAUUAAAAGGAAAUAAUAAUGUCAAGCUUUUGCCUUUAAUACUACAAAUACACUCUUAUUUGUAGGAUUUUAGAAUUCAUUAGAAAUUUAUUCUUUUAGUGAUGGAACAUUAAAAUAUUUGAGAUAAUUUAAAAAACAUAAGGAAAAAAUAAGCAGUUUAAAUUAUUUAAAAAGAAGUUAAAAUAUCAUUUCAAGUUCCUUUGAUAAUAGUAUUAUUGUGUGGUCUAAAAAUUUAUUAUCAAGUUCAAAGUACAUAUAAAAAUUAAGUUAACAUAAUGAAGAAAUAUUAUGUUUAGUAAUUGAGCCUAUUUAAGAAAAUUGGAUAGUGAGUGGCAGUCAUGAUGAAACUAUCAAAUUUUGGAUUUAGAAGAAAUCUUAAUGGAUUGUUUAAAAAAGUAUUGAAGGUAAUUAUUCUCCAAUUUGGUCUUUAUCUAUGCUUGAAUCUGGUGUUAAAUUGAUAUCAUUAAGUUCUAAUUAUAUUAUGGUAUUUAAAUAUUGUAAUUCUAAAUGGAUUUUGGAUUAAAAAAUAGAACAUUAAACUUUUGGUUUAAGAGUGUGCUUUAUCAAUAAUGAAACAUUUAUUUUUCAACCUGAAUAUUAAAAUUUUUUUUAUAUUUAUACACUUAAUAAAAAAGGAGAAUAUAUUACUAAAACUAAAAACCCUUCUGAUGAAGAGGCUGAACCAGAUGAUAACUUAUUUCCUGCAUUAUAUAACAAUAAUAAGAGUAUUGUAUUACUUAAAAAUAUGAACGAUGUUUCAAUAUUCAAAGUUUAAAGAAAUUAAAGUAAUUUCUUAUAUAAUGCAUAGAUAAAAAAGUUAUGGAUUUUAAAAUAAAUUAAAUUAUCAAAUUUUAAGUUACUUCUGUAUAUGGAACACUAAGUGAUGAUGGUGAAUAUCUGAUUACUUGGGAUGACCAUUCAAAAUUGAUCUAAGUGAGAAAAUGGAUAAAAAAAAAAUGA